AUGCCACCUAAGCUACGUAAGAAUAUACGUAAGAGGAAGGGAGCAUUGAAACAUCCAAUAGUAAAACUGACACCACAACAACAGUUGCAACAACAAAUGAUGAAUGACCCCACUAUGUUGCAACAAAUGUCAAGCAACCCUAUGCUUUUAAACCGAGUUAUUGGUGCACAGAGUGGAGGUUUAAGAGCGGCACUUUUAGCGAAAAUGGCAGGCUAUGGUGGAGCUGCAGACGGAACAGCUUAUAACCCUCAAAGUCAAAUGAAUUUGAGUUCACUCAAAAAUCAAAUAACAGAUGUCAAAAAGUCAAACAUAGACAUACAGAAACAAAUAAGUGAAAACGAAAAGAAACUAGAAUAUGACAGACACACAAAGAAACUCAAUGAGUUAAACGUAGAGAAAAAAGAAGAAAGAAGAACAACUGAAAGAACUAAGUACAGAGGAAUAUGCGA